CUUCGGUCCUCUUCCUGGUGGGCGGAUCGGUCUAGGCGGUUCACGUCCUGGGCCAGGUCAUUCGCCGAUGAUGAUGUGCCGCAAUCGCCAGCCGUAAUGCUGUCUCGCGCGUCACCUCCAAUAUCGGGCACGAAACGUCCACUCAGCACCGAACCCGACGAUCGCAGCAUCGACAUGAAGUGCAGCUGUGUCGAGAGCAUCGGCAGCGCGCUUAAAAAUGGAAAUAUCAGCGAUUACCGACGCAUUCGCCUGCGGCAGCGGCACAUCAGACUGAGGUGCAGAGCUACCCGCCGUCAGACGCACCCGCGCUCCCGACGAUGCUCCCGCUGCAUCCGCGACUGAUUAGCGCAGGGCACACAGGAACGAGUAUCAACCACAGCCAUGCGAGCCCGAGCGGGUCAGAUUCACUGUCGGGACCGAUGGGCGAGGACAAGCCGCACCAACGAGGAGCGCGUGCCCGCAUCUCCCUCCCCUAUGCGCCUAGUCUCCUUCACGACGGCGGUCAUACAACCAGGCACACCGACUCGGGACGUGGCAGAGAAAUGGGCGGCGGGCGCGUGCGCGAAGGGAGGACUUAGGGGCCAAUGCCCUGCGCGUGGACGCGGCCGACGAACGCUAUCACAGACGUAGGGACGAGGAGGAUGUGCGAGCGGGCGGGCGUGAGGGCGAGCGAGCGGGCGGAUG